AUGGAGCUAUGGCAGCUCUGCCUGCUGCUAGGCGUGCUCCUCGCAAUAUGGUUCCUCAGCUCAGGACGUAUGCCGGCCAAAGGCGGAGCUCAAGUCCCACCAAUGAUUCGCCACGGCCUACCUAUCAUCGGUCCCGCGAUAGCGCUGGGCAAGGAUCCCAUGAGCUUCCUUGCCCAAUGUCAGCGCAAGUAUGGCAACGUGUUUACUUUGCCCUUACCCCGACAGACGUUUGUCAUCGACGCCAAGCUCACGCAACAUAUUUAUGGCUUGCGAGAGGACAGUCUCAGUUUCCAACGGAUUCGUGUAUUGCUGCAAGGUGCAGCGUUUGGCGUCGGCGAGGAGGCCAAUAUAGAUCCAGCAAUGCGAGCAUGGUACUAUCCGCUACAUUCCAAGCUCAUGAGCCAAGCCAACCUGCCGAACCUGGUAGACGCGCUCGUGCGGGAUUUGAGGACAAGUCUGCUGGCCAAGGCGAAUGAGCUGCCCUCGGGUGGCCAAGAAAUUGAUCUCGUCUCCUUCGUGUUCAAUGUUGCCUACGACUCGACUGCUAUGGCUAUCUUCGGGCCAGGUCUCGACGCUCGAGCGAUACAGCAAGACUUUUUGACCUUUGACGAUAGCUUCCCCUUGCUCGUCGCUGGCAUUCCGAUUUGGUGCUUGCCCAAGAUCAACAGGGCAAGGAAAAGACUACUUAACGUCUUUGAGAAAUACGCCCUUGACGAAGAAGCCAUGGACAGCGCUUCCGAUCUCAUCAGAGAGCUCGUCAAGGCGCUCAAGACGACCCGCUGGAGCAGGCAGACCAUGGCCGCCAUGAUCUACGGUGAAUUCUGGGCUGCACUCGCCAAUGUCGUCUAUGUCGUCGUCCACAACGUCCUAUUCUGCGUCCAGUCCCCCGGCAUGGUCGGCGCUAUACGAGCAGAACUGCAUGGCUCGCUUUCACCAGACGAAGACGGCUCGCCGAGUAUAGCAGCAGAAGCUGUCAGACUCGAAGCGACUGGCAACGCGGAUCGCUUCCCUGCGCUCACGAGUGCUUGCUGGGAAUCCAUCAGACUUUUCGUCAGUGCGGCAAGUAUCAGGGUUGCAGAAGUAGACGUCGUCUUGUCAGCAUCCAAGGCAGCAGACGAAGCGCCGCCCUAUUUGAUCAAGAAAGGCACAAAAAUCGUCUGUGUCAUGCGCCCACUCGCGACUGACGAAAGCGCCGAUUCGCUCUUUGGCUCGGAUGCAAAGACUUGGAAAGGCAUCAGGCAUCUCGAUUCGCAGGGUCGCUCGACUGUUCAGACGAACUACUCCAAGCUCAGCAUGUCCUUCGGAGGCGGCGUCAGUAAAUGCGAAGGACGCUAUUUUGCCGCUGCUGAACUCCAGGCAAUCACUGCAAUGAUACUGCUCCUCUUCGACAUCGAAGUCACGGGCACAAUCAAUGCGCAAGGCAAAGCGCUUGAUGCGAAUUCAUCCCCUCAUGCACCUGCGUACAAUAGACCGGCCGGCGUCAUCACGGCCGGCUUUGACGAAUCACGACACUUCACGGGCGCGCUCCAUCCCACUGGCAAGGUCUGUGCGAUCAUACACAGACGGACGUAG